GAAGUCCUUAACACGGCCAUUCUGACGGGCAAAACGGUGUCUGUUCCAGUCAAGGUUGUUGCCGUGCAGGAAGAUGGGUCUGUGGUCGAUGUUUCGGACUCCACCGAGUGCAAAUCAGCUGAUGAAGACGUCAUAAAGGUUUCUGACAGAUGUGACUCCAUCUUCGUUAAUGGCAAGGAAAUGAAAAGCAAAGUGGAUACUAUUGUUAACUUCACUUAUCAGCAUUUUACCACCCAAUUAGAAGUGACGGUCUGGGUUCCAAGGCUCCCGCUGCAGAUAGAGAUCUCUGAUACAGAGCUUAGCCAGAUCAAAGGCUGGAGGAUACCCGUCACCUCCAAUAAAAGGCCUACCCGUGACAGUGAGGACGAAGAGGAUGAUGAGAAAAAAGGAAGAGGUUGUACCCUCCAGUAUCAGCAUGCCAUGGUGCGAGUCCUCACACAGUUUGUAGCUGAAUCCUCUGAGUUUGGAGGCCACUUGACCUAUAUGCUAGGCUCCGAGUGGCAGUUUGACAUCACUGACCUUGUGACUGAUUUCAUGAAGGUAGAAGAACCCAAGAUCGCUAAGCUUCAAGAUGGCCGAGUUCUGGUUGGUCGUGAGCAUGGCAUCACCACAGUCCAGGUUCUGUCACCUCUUUCCGAUUCCAUCUUGGCAGAGAAGACAGUGAUAGUUCUAGAUGACCGCGUAACCAUUACAGAUCUAGGAGUACAACUAGUUUCAGGCUUGUCCCUCUCCUUACAAAUCAGCAAAGGAAAUAAGAGAGCUAUUGUUUCUACCAUCUCUGCAUAUGAUAUCCUUCAUACUCCGAAACAGGAAGCCAUAGUCAGUGCUUGGAUUUUGUUCAGUGAUGGGUCAGUGACGCCAUUAGAUAUCUAUGACUCCAAGGACUUCUCGAUCACCAUCACUUCACUGGAUGAGAUGGUAGUGUCUGCACACCAAAACCUUCAGUCCAAAUGGCCUGUGGUAGCGGCGGAAGGGGAUGGGCAAGGACCGCUGAUUAAAAUUGAAAUGGUCAUCAGUGAGCCAUGUCAGAAGACUAAGCGGAAGAGCAUUCUGGCUGUUGGGAAAGGAAGUGUCAAAGUGAAAUUUGGUCAAAAAGAUUCUGACCAAAAAGGAAGUGCUAAUGACAUUGAUGAUGUGGAUAGAGAUUUUAAAAGCCAUGCAAGCAAUUCUAUAGAGAAACCUGCAGAACAAGAGAGGACAGCACAAGAAUGGUCUAAAAACUAUGAGGACAUGUCCAGUCACGAGGACAAUGCAAACAAAAGCACAACUUUCAUAUCCCCUAUUGAUCCGGAGUCCCUGGAGGAUGGCCAGCUCCAAAGUAACCCAACUGCCUUCAUGGGUUUCCCUACGCAAGUAGAAAUACCAGGAGAAAACAACCCCAGCGAUCUCACAUUGACUUCAAGAGGAUUAACAGACUUGGAGAUUGGCAUGUAUGCCCUGCUGUGUGUUUUCUGCUUGGCAAUCUUGGUGUUUUUGAUUAACUGUGUGGCAUUUGCUUGGAAGUACAGGCAUAAAAGGUUUGCUGUCAGUGAGCAAGGCAACAUCCCCCAUUCCCAUGAUUGGGUCUGGCUUGGAAAUGAGGUUGAACUGCUGGAAAACCCAGUUGACAUUUCGCUCCCGUCAGAGGAGUGCACUACCAUGAUUGACAGAGGAAUGCAGUUUGAAGAAAGCAACUUUCUCCUUAAUGGGAGUUCUCAGAAGACUCUUCAUAAUCAUAUCCUCAGGUCUUCUGAGUACCUUUGUGAAAAAGAAGUUAAAAGUGAACCUAUAAAUCCUUCUGGGCCAAAGCAGAAGCGAGUAAAGUUCACUUCAUACACAACAAUACUGCCGGAGGAUGGAGGCCCCUACACUAAUUCAAUUCUGUUUGACAGUGAUGAUAAUAUUAAAUGGGUAUGCCAAGAUAUGAAUCUUGGCGAUUCCAAGGAACUUAGGGACUAUAUGGAAAGACUGCAAGACAAUAUGUAA